CGAAGAUUUGGGAAUAAAUAUAAAAAGCAUUUAGCAUUACUUGGCCUAGAUGUCUUCCGUUGAAUGACAAGAGCUACAGUGAGUCUAAUGUGUUGUAAUAUCUUCCAUUUUAUAAUCUGCAUGGUUUUUGUCACCUAACUCGGUUUCUGAAUUUCGUUCUCAUUGAGAAUCUUCGCUUAGACUUGUUGGCUUCUGUUUUGAAAUGACCGGCUGACAAUCACUUUCUAAUUCUAUUGCCACGUCACGUGUACUUGUAUACGGUACUACUAGAAAGUGGUACGCGAGACGUUCUGGGGUGAGACGACGGUGUCAAGCGCUCAACAACUAAGAGUGCUCAGCUCGGCCUCAGCUCAGCUCAGCUCCAAAGUCCAAUCCGAUUCAUCAAGGUCUUGAGAGACUGACCUGCCAGGAUGAGUCUAGCCGCGGCCUGUUUCUACGGGGUUUGCUCGGGUUCCAUGUCGUUCAUCAACAAACUGGCCAUGAAUACUUACGGUUUCAACUACCCCGAGAUCAUCAUGCUGGCCCAGAUGGGCGUUACCGUGGCAGCCCUCAAACUUGUGCACCUCCUGGGUAAGGUCAAUCUGCCGAACUACACCAGGGAAAACGCUAGACUCUGUUUAUUUCCCUCGCUCUUCUACGUCCUGAACUCCACCUUUGCGUUGAGCGCACUCAGCGGAAUGAAUAUUCCAAUGUACAAUGUUUUGAAGAGGACUGGGCCAUUGUUCUACAUCUUUUUAGCUGUGUGUAUACUAAAGAAAGGAUGGCCGUCUGCCUCUACCAUUGGAGCUGUAGUGUUGACAACUAGUGGAUGUAUUGUUGCUGGGUUUGGAGAUUUAGGGUUUGAACCGAGAGCGUACCUGUUUGGUAUUAGUAGUAUGUUCCUCCAAGGGAUCUAUCUCACCCUGGUUCAGCGACUCGGUCUCAAGGACGAGAUGUCAACUAACGGCAUCCUCUACGUCAACAGCAUCAACUGUCUUCCAUUCCUCGUCGUUUUCUCCCUCCUGACAUCCGAAUUCCAGCAAUGUUUCAUGUUCUUUCAAUCAGCGACCAUGCAGGUUUAUCUGACUCUUGUCUUCGUGGUGACCGCCGGCUGCGUCCUCAAUUACUCCCAGUUCCUGUGUACCACGAUGAACUCUGCCCUCACAACAAGUAUUGUAGGUGUGGUCAAGAGUGUUGGGACAACGAUCAUCGGCAUUUUUGCAUUUGGGGGCGUUACCUUGACGACGUACAUGAUGAUGGGCAUAUCCAUGAACAUCAUCGGGGCGUUCUGGUAUACAUUUUCCAAGUACAGGGAGAGUUUACUCGGUCACAUCAAGAGGAUAGGAUCUACUAUUUCGUUGAGUGAAAAGGGUGGCACUACUGCAACGGAUCAAAAACAGCAUCUGAUGUCUAAUGGUCAUUCUUCUUGAUGUCAUCUUGGUAUUACCUUGGUCAGUCUGAUGUCUAAUGGUCAUUCUUGAUGUCCUCUUGGUAUUACCUUGGUCAGUCUGAUGUCUAAUGGUCAUUCUCGAUGUCCUCUUGGUGUGACCUCG